AUGUGUCUGCUCCCCAUUUCCACUCUCUUCUCCCCCCCGCUCGUAUCUUCCUUCCCCGCCCCUCUUCCCCCUCCCUCUCCCUCUCCCUCUCCCCCCACAGCUUCAUCUGAAUCCCUCCAUCUGAAUCCCCUGCAUGCAGUGGUGCAGCUACGGCCGUCUUUAGAUUACUUGGACAGUGCAGCAGACAAGGCGGAGGGGGGUAAGGGCAAGAAGAAGGGGGCAGGGGAGGCGGCGGAGGAGGAGGAGAUGGGGGAUGGGGAGGAUGGGGAGGCGGGGCCUGUGGCUCUGGAGGUGAGCUUGAAGAAGAGGGAAACAGAGGAGCAGGAGGAGAUGCGGCUGCAGUCAUAUGCGCACAUCCAUGCCCUGCGCGAGAAGGAGCCGUGGCAGCAGCUGCAGGCCUUCUCAGCAUCACGCGAGGAGGCAGCAGCAGUCCUUCUUUACCCGCCUCAUCCCUUUCCAUGUCUCCUCCCAUGCCCUGCUUUACACUUGUGCAGCCGUGGCAGCAGCUGCAGGUGUUCUCAGCAUCAAGCGAGGAGGCAGCAGCAGUGCUUUUUUACUCGCCUCACCCCUUUCCAUGUCUCCUCCCAUGCCCUGCUUUACACUUGGGCAGCCGUGCCAGCAGCUGCAGGCGUUCUCAGCAUCAAGCGAGGAGGCAGCAGCAGUGCUUCUUUACUCGCCUCACCCCUUCCCAUGUCUCCACCCAUGCCUCCUCCCAUGCCCUGCUUUACACUUGUGCAGCCGUGGCAGCAGCUGCAGGCCUUCUCAGCAUCGAGCGAGGAGGCAGCAGCAGUGCGGGCGCGCAUGCUGGUGGGGGGAGGCGGGGCAGGAGGGGAGGGGGGCAAGAAGCAGGGGGGGGUAAAAAAGGAGGAGGGUGCGAUGGAGGUGGAUGGAGCAGUGAAGGCCGAGAAGGGGCAACCAGAGGGAGAGAGGGAAAGGGUGGAAGGUGGAGGAGCGGGAGUGGGGCCAGGGGAAGGGGUGGAUAUGGAUGGGGAAGGGGAGGAAGCAGCUGGUGCUGUUGCUGAUGUGCCUUUCACCCUCCCUCAGUAUGUUCCCUUCCCUUCCCUUCCCUUCCCUUCCCUUCCCUUCCCUUCCCUUCCCAGUUGCUCCCAAUUCCCCCCAGAGCCCGCACCCGCUCACUCUCUCCCCCUCCUUGCCCCCUUGCGAUUGCCACUGCUGCUUUCAUCCUGUCACUUCACUGCUUGGCGCCUGCUUCUUACACUCCUCCCCGCACACCUCCCACUUCCCCCCUGCCCCCACCCCGCUGCCUCUACUUCCUCCUUGCACCGCCCCCACCCCCCCCCCCAACGCACACCACUUCCCCCCAGUGUGUGGCCUUCAUCGACACACUCCAACCGCCUCUCCUCUCCCACUCCCACUGAAGCUUCCUCACCUUUCCCAACCUCCACUCUUCUUCCUUCCUUUCUCCCCCCCUGCCGUUCGCUCUCCCGUUACUACUGGGCCCCGCCCCGCCACGCCCCCAGUGCGGCGUACAUCCAAGCACUGGUGGGGUGCUGCCUCUCGCGCUCCUCCGCUGCUGCUGCUGAGAUCCGAGGCAUCUCAGGCCUCUCCAAGAGUUCGACCACUGACGAUGAAGCUGCUGCUGCUGCCACACCCCCUCUUCACCCCCCCUUCCCCAGCUACCUGAAUUCCCUCUCUCUGAAGUGUCGCGUCGCCUGCUGGCUGGCGCCGGCUACUAGCGCUCCCCUCACGGGCCAGGACGCACGUCUUCCAAUUCCACUUCCAUCAGCUGAUGACGCUGCUGCCGCUUCCUUCCCCCACUUUCACCCGUGGCUCCCCUCCCUCCCUCCCGCGUUCUCCCUUUUACUCCCCUACUUGGAUUCUCUGCCUCUGGAGCGGCGGUUGCUAGCCCUCCUCUCACGUGCCAAGACACACAUCUUCCAGUUCGACCGGCUGAUGAAUCUGCUGCCAGCAGGCACGCAGCAGCAGCAGGUGCUGGCGCUGCUGCAGCACAAGGCGCUGCUGGUGCAGGGCUGCUGGGUGGCGCCCAGCUCCAUGCGCUUCCCCGUGGCCCCACCUGGCUGCUGGGUGGCGCCCAGCUCAAUGCGCUGCCCCGUGGGCCCCACCUGUGUGCUGCGAGACCUGCUGCUGCUGCUAUUCACCAAGCACCGCGUCAUUCGCCAGGAGCAUGUCGCGCACCUCAAGGUACCCAAGGAGUUAUUGAGGGAGUUACUCCUAUCCAUAGGCAUUCUCAGGGGGGCCAUUCCACUCACUCCAUCCGAUGCCCUGUCUCUUUACCCACUUCCACCCACCUGCACCUACGUCUACCUGUCUCUACAUUCCCUAACCCACCUCUACUCCUUCACAUUCCAGGUACCCAAGGAGCUACUGAGGGAGUUAUUACUGUCCAUUGGCAUUCCCAGGGGGCCCAACACAGGCUGGGAGUUUGCCGAACCAACAGACCAGGCCUUCCUCGACUCCCACCCCGCCAUAGCUAAGGAGCAGCUUCGGCGCUGGAUGGCCGCCGAGCCUGCGAUCCUCCGAGCCUCUCGCGCCCUCUCCCUGGCCUCCAUGGCUGACGUGGCAGCAGCUUCGGCAGCUGCUGCUGCGGCCAAGGCUGCUGCUGGUGGGGGAGGGGGAGGUAGGGGCGGGGGAGGCAGGGCCGGGCCUGGGGGAGGCUUGGGAGCGCCCAAGGCUGGUCUGGCAGGCCGUGGGGCAGGUUUGGCAGGACGAGGGGCGGGAUUGGCGGGGCGAGGAGCAGGUCUGGGAAGAGGUUCGGGCGGUCCGAGCCUGCAGGCUGGUGCUGUGGCAGGGACGGCAGGUGCAGCAGCGUGUGCAGUAGUAGCUGCAGCAGCAGGGGGGGGGGGAGCAGGAGCAGCAGGAGGCACAGUGGGGGCGGUGGGGCAGAGCUUGAGCGCUGAAACACGGGAGGCACUUCCCGGUGCUCUACGGAAGAUAUUCGCCCAGCACCACGUGUGCAGGUAG